AUGGCAAAACCACCUCAAGUUGAUAUCCUCUUUUUCAUUAAGGCCUCGUUCGGUCAAUGCCGCUACGUCACAAUCGUCGCUAAUUCUAAGGAACACGAGCCAGGCUCGUCAGCCAUGCGAUUUCCAAGCGAUGCAUCCCAUUCUACUCCGCCUGCCGAAAUAACCCCUUCUAAUGGAAAUGAGAAGAAAAAACAUGAGUAUAAGGAUUUCGGGCACGAUGACGAGAAGGCAACCCAUGCCAAGGUUAACAUGGACCAGAUAGAACUCAAGGCGGAGGACCUCUACGAUAAGGAGAAAGUUGACUUAGAGACCGUCGUAAUGGAGGAUGGUCUGACCGUUGUGGAAGCUGAGCGUCGGUUGGGCCUGUUCGGCCCCAACAAGCUUGAAAGCAAGGAUCAAAAUCCUUUUUUGCAGUUUCUAUCGUUCAUGUGGAACCCGUUGUCGUGGGUCAUGGAAGGUGCUGCGUUGGUUGCUAUCGCACUUUCAAACGGUCAAGGCCGCGCUCCAGAUUGGCAAGAUUUCGUUGGUAUCGUGUUACUGCUCCUUAUCAAUUCCACUAUCGGUUUCUACGAGGAGCACAAUGCCGGCAACGCUGUCAAGGCCCUCAUGGAUUCACUCGCGCCCAAAGCCAAGGUUCGCCGCGAUGGUUCAUGGAAUGAAAUAGAAUCCGCCGAUCUUGUCCCCGGAGAUGUGAUAGCCUUCAAGAUCGGAGACAUCGUUCCAGCCGACUGCCGUCUUACGGAGGCCGUCAAUGUUUCCAUUGACCAAGCUGCUCUCACUGGAGAAUCCCUUCCGCAGUCCAAGAAGGCUGGUGACCAAUGCUUCUCAGGCUCGACGUGCAAACAGGGAGAAGCCGAGGGGAUCGUCAUUGCGACUGGUCCCAACACUUUUUUCGGUCGGGCCGCCUCCCUCGUCGGCCAAGACGAUGAUUCAACCGGUCACUUGCAGCACAUUCUCUUCCUCAUCGGCUCCUUCUGUUUGGUUUCCAUUGGUAUCUUCGUCCUCCUCGAAAUCCUCAUCCUCUAUGCCGAUUUCCGCUUCACGUAUCGGCGUGGUCUUGACAACAUUCUUGUGCUCUUGAUCGGUGGUAUUCCAAUUGCCAUGCCGACCGUGCUUUCCGUCACACUCGCUGUUGGUGCACAGCAACUUGCAAAGCACAAGGCCAUUGUCACUCGUAUCACCGCUAUUGAGGAGCUCGCCGGCGUCACAAUUCUUUGCUCUGACAAGACUGGUACCUUGACCACCAACAAACUUACAAUUGACAAAGCUCUCGUGAAGACUUACGGCCCAUUCUCCGCGGAAGAUACCCUUCUCCUUGCAGCGUACGCUUCUCGUACAGAAAACCAAGAUGCUAUCGAUACCUGCGUCGUCGGCUGCCUUGAUGAUCCUAAGCGUGCUCGUGCCGGCAUCACUCUUCUCGAUUUCAAGCCUUUCAAUCCUGUCGACAAGCGUACGGAGAUUACCUACCGCGAAGAAUCGACUGGUCGUCUUAAGCGUGUCACCAAGGGUAUGACUGGUAAAAUUAUCGAACUCUGCACCCGUAAUAAAACUGAUGAGAUCGAGAAUCGUCUGGAGGCUGAUGUCGAGGAGUUCGCCGCCCGUGGUCUUCGUGCUUUGGCCGUCGCUUUUGAGGAACUCGAGCAUGAUGAUCAUGAAGGAGAGGGUAAUGGGUUUGAACUCGUCGGCCUUUUGGCCAUCUUCGAUCCUCCUCGUGAGGACACCAAAGAGACGAUCGAUCAUGCGUUGGAACUUGGUGUUAAGGUUAAGAUGGUCACUGGUGAUCAACUCGCCAUUGCCAAGGAAACUGGCCGUCGUCUCGGUUUAGGCGACCAUAUGUACCCGGCGAAGGUCCUUAAGGAUGGUCCACCUCCUGGAGGGAAGCACCUUACUCUUGAUGAGAUGAUCAUGGACUCGGAUGGUUUCGCUGGUGUGUUCCCUGAGCAUAAGUACGAAAUCGUGAAGCGUCUUCAGGGUCUUGGUCAUUUGUGCGCUAUGACUGGUGACGGUGCUAAUGAUGCGCCUGCAUUGUCCCGUGCUAAUGUUGGUAUUGCCGUCGAGGGAGCGACCGACGCCGCUCGUGGCGCUGCUGAUAUCGUCCUUACCGAACCCGGUCUUUCCACUAUCGUUCAUGCAAUUCGGGGAUCACGCAUCAUCUUUCAGCGUAUGCGCAACUAUUCCAUUUAUGCUUGUGCAGUAACGAUUCGUAUCGUUGUGUGCUUUGCCAUCAUGGCUUUCGCUUGGAAGUUUGACUUCCCCCCGUUCAUGGUGCUGAUCAUCGCACUUUUGAACGACGGUACGAUCAUGACGCUUUCAGUUGAUCGGAUUUUUUCCUACGCUGUUGCUUACGGUCUCUACCUCACCAUGUCGACAAUCGGUCUCAUGCUGGUCAUCAUCGAAACAACCUUUUUUGAAGACAAGUUUGGUGCACACACUUAUGACGAGAGGAAAGUCUUUCAUGAGAAGGAUCCCAACAACCCCAAGAUCCACACCAUCAUUUACCUCCAAGUCGCCAUCAUUUCCCAAGCCCUCAUUUUCGUCACUCGUGCACAUGGAUUCUUCUUCAUGGAGAGACCAUCAGUUGCGCUUAUUUGUGCUUUCUUCCUUGCUCAGCUUGUUUCCUCCGUCAUUGCCGCUUGGGCCGAUUGGGGCUUCACGAACAUCCGGAGCAUCGAUUCGUCAUGGAUAGGCAUUGUUUGGGUUUGGAACAUCCUUUGGUUCUUCCCACUGGAUCUCGUCAAGUUUGCGAUGAAAGCCACCGUUAUCAAAUACCUUCGACGACGCCGCAUGGCUAAGAUCGCUAAGGAAGUGUCCCAAACCUCAGAGCUUCAGAUCUAUCGCACUCAGUCGCGUGCUGCCUCGUUGUACUCGAACCGAACGAGCUUCUUGCGUCGUGCCGUCCGAAAGGUUGGCUUUGGGAACAAUCCUCCCAAGAUGAGCGAGCACGAACUUCGCCGCCUUGCCAGUAUUCAGGCUCAACAGUCUGGUGCUACACUAGCUCGUAACCCUUCACGUACUGCAUAG